UCUUCUUCUUCUUCUCAGUGUUCAUCACACUCUCCACCGCCACCAAAGAAACCCAAACCCUUAUCCUCCACCCACUCCCAUCUCAACCCACCCUCUAUUGGCCCGAACUCGAAACCGAGCAACCCGACCCGGAACCCGAAUCAGCUUCGCUCUCUGUCUCUCUUCACCACAUCGAUGCACUCUCUUCCAACAAAACACCGCACGAAUUGUUUACCCAAAGGCUCCAAAGGGACGCUGCUAGGGUCAAAAUCGUAACUUCCUUCGUCUCCAAAGCUCCAUUUUCUUCUUCACCCAAGAACCAAACCGGGUUCGGAUCACAACCCGGUUUCAGCUUCAGCAGCUCAGUCAUUUCGGGUUUGGCUCAGGGCAGCGGCGAGUACUUCACGCGCCUCGGCGUCGGAACGCCGCCACGCUACCUCUACAUGGUGCUCGACACCGGAAGCGACGUCGUUUGGCUCCAAUGUGCGCCGUGCAAGAAGUGCUACUCAGAGUCCGACCCAGUUUUCGACCCGAAAGGGUCCCGGACCUUUGCCCCAGUACCCUGCGGUUCUCCGCUCUGCCGGCAGCUGGACUCGCCGGGAUGCGACGCCCGGAAAAAGGUGUGCGAGUAUCAGGUCUCAUAUGGAGACGGGUCCUUCACCGUCGGCGAUUUUGCCACUGAGACAUUGACUUUCCGGCGACGCGCCAGCGUCCCGCGCGUGGCCUUAGGCUGUGGACAUGACAACGAGGGGCUCUUUGUUGGGGCUGCGGGCCUUUUGGGCCUGGGCCGGGGCAUGCUUUCCUUUCCGACCCAAGCCGGUGCCCGGUUCAAUAACAAAUUCAGUUAUUGUUUAGUGGACCGAGCUGCUUCAUCAAAACCGUCUUCAAUGGUUUUUGGUGAUUUGGCAGUUUCGAGAGCGGCACGGUUCACUCCGUUGUUAAAGAACCCAAAGCUCGACACAUUUUACUAUGUCGAACUGUUGGGAAUUAGUGUUGGCGGGGUGCUGGUUCGUGGAAUUUCGGCUUCUUUGUUUCGGCUUGACCGGACCGGAAAUGGUGGGGUAAUUAUUGACUCGGGCACCUCAGUGACUCGAUUGACCCGACCCGCUUAUGAGGCUUUGAGAGACGCUUUUCGGGUUGGGGCAGCCCGAUUGAAACGGGCACCCGAAUACUCGUUAUUUGAUACUUGCUUUGAUCUUUCGGGGAUGACGCAAGUGAAAGUUCCGACCGUAGUGCUACAUUUUCGAGGUGCCGAUGUGUCACUUCCAGCCGGGAAUUACCUAAUUCCGGUGGAUGAUAAGGGAACUUACUGUUUCGCGUUCGCUGGGACGAUGAGCGGGUUAUCCAUAAUUGGGAAUAUCCAGCAACAAGGGUUUCGGGUCGUGUUUGAUUUGGCGGGUUCUCGGAUCGGGUUUGCACCAAGAGGGUGCGCAUAAAAUGAAUCAAUGUGAGUUGUAGUGGUGAAAGUUAAUUUUGUAAUAGUUGGCUUCUAUUUUUGGUUUAGGUCAAACUAAAUAUAAGAAUAGAUAUUUAUGUUUUGUGUUGGUUAACUUAAUGAAAUGGUAAUUUGGCGAUUUAACAAUGGUAAUUUAGUUUGGUAUCUUAAUUAGUAAUUGUAGCAUCAUCGAAAUGCUUAUGUUCACUUAUGUUGUAUACAAUAGAGUAACAUUAAGAUUUGAGAA